UUUAGGAAGCCGGUCACUUUUUGGGUUCUGUCACUUUGGCCAAUCAUUCCCAGUGAUUAUCCUGAUUUCUGACCCGACGGUUCAAUGUUACCAAGGUCCUGUGGCGUGAUAUUACUUCUGAUUUUCCAUGCACUUGGCGUUCCCGUAGUCCCCAAGAAGAAGCCAAGCGAAGAAGUUCUCAAAAAAGAGUUGGGUGAAGCUGACUUUCAGGAGUUGCAUCGUCAGUUGGCAAGCGAAAGGCUGGAAAUGGUAAAGAAGUAUGUGCACCUGAAACCCGAAGAGCGUACCGAAUAUGCCAAAAAGGUUAAAGAAGAGUUUCUCAAACGAGCGCAACAUGAAACUGUCUACGAACCGGGUAGUCAACCGCAACUUCAGGAAGUCUGGCGCGACGAAGAUCUCAUGGACGAUGACUCGUAUUCACCCAACAUGCUAUUCAAAAAGCAUGACUUGAAUAAUGAUCAAUUCUUGGAUUCACAUGAAAUCAAUGCUUUGAUUGAACAUGAAAUCGAAAAAAUAUAUCCGGCCAACGAAACGGGGCAUGAACCUUUGAGAAAUAUGGAAAUGCGUCGGAUGAGGUCGGCAUUAUUGGAACGUAUGGAUCACAAUCAUGAUGGAAAGGUAUCACUCGCAGAGUUCCUCUCUCCUAUGCAAGAUUACGACGACGAUGAUGAAUGGAUGCCUCUCGAGGAUCUCCAGGACGCACCUGAUUUUGAGAAGAAAACCGAUGACAAAUAUGUGCUGGACUACGCGAAGCAGCAACUUGAGCUCCACCCUGAGGACCAUGACUUGGAAGAAGCGAUGCACGUGUUGAACGGUGUGAAAGGGAUACCGGAUCCAUCUCACAAUCCUCCUGACUCGGCCAAAUCGUACUUUGACAUGAAGCCUUCUAGUGGUGGUGGUGCCGCUGUCCAAAAUCCUCCGCCCGUUGCCCCUGUCACUGCACCGAAUGCUGACCAAACCCCUCAAAAACCCUCAUGAUGAGUUUCCGUGUUACUUUACUGCGUCUUUCAUGCUUCCUUUGCAACUUCGUUCAAAUCGAUGGAUUGUCUCUUAAUGCAUUUCCUGUUUCGAUGAUUGUCGUGGUGUAUCGUUCUUCUGUAUUUGAUCGCUUCCUGUCACUUUAUCCGUCAUAAAUACACAAUGGUCU